GAAGUCUCAGCGCACCACCCAGAACAUCUACUGAAAUCAGCAACUACCAAGCCCACUUUUGCAUAACCGAUUAGCAUCAAUGGCGAGGUGGCCAGCCGCCGCGGCGUUGUGUGCUCUCGGGGCGGCCCUCCUGGGCAUGCUGGCGGCCACCGCCGACGGGAAUAGCAAGUUCACGUGCACGGACACGGAGAAGAAGAGGCCGGGGUGCACGGGCACCUGCCCCGACAGGUGCCCCCAGAAUUGCAUCUCGCUCUGCCCCUCGUGCCAGACGUAUUGCCCUGACCAAGUGCAGCCAGUUCGGCCGUCGUUGUUUGUGUUCGGAGACGGGUUGACGGACGUCGGCAACAACAACUACCUAGAGAACAACGAGGUAGGGAACCCUUUAAGAGCCAACCACUCGUACUAUGGCAUAGACUUCCCCAAUUCCGUGGCCACCGGAAGGUUCAGCAAUGGAUUCAACAUGGCUGACUUCAUUGCAAAGGCUAUGGGAUUCGAGAUGAGCCCUCCGGCUUAUCUGUCUCUUAAUAGUCCCAUAAAAAUGGAGGCCGGUUUUGCUGGAGUCAACUAUGCUUCGGCGACCUCCGGGAUUUGGAGAGACAUCGACAACGGACUGGACAUCCCACUGAUGGACCAAGUGAAGAACUUCGCGGACACGAUAGGGCAGAUGGGGGCCAACCGUAGCCAACAAGAGCUGAGCAAGAUGUUGUCUAACUCCCUCUUCCUCAUCGCCAUCGGCACCAGUGACCUGUACUUGAUCUACAACAUCAAUAACAACGGGGGCUCAGACAACAAAACCGAUGUCCCACACCUCAUCUCCUCCUACGGGGACAGCCUGACGGCCCUGUACAACCUGGGCGCGAGGAAGUUCGGGAUCAUCAACGUCCCGACCUUGUGCGAGCCGAUGGUGCGCCAUGGCUGCGAGGGCCUCAUUACCAGCCUCCGCGAGGAGUUCAACGACGGCAUCAUGCCACUCAUGGCCGGCCUCGCCUCCAACCUCAGUGGCCUCCGCUACUCCAUCGCCGACUUCGGCGCCUUCUCGGAUGCAGUCAACACGGAUCCGUCGGCCUAUGGGUUUGUGAACACCGGGGGCGCAUGCUGCCAAGGCUCCUGCGCACCUAGUUCUGGGCUUCCGUGUGCCAACCGCUCGCAGUACUGGUAUUGGGACGAGGAGAACCCGACAGAGCAGGCAGCCAAGCUGGCCGCAUCUGCGUUUUUCGACGGCACAACCCAGUUCACAAUGCCGGUGAACCUCAAGACUUUGAUCAGCCAAAACUGAUAUUUCUUUAUGUUUUCAGUAUCCAGCAAUAAAACGAGACAUCUAUGCAAGACUCUUAUUGCCAUUUGCAGUGAGUUCUAGUGUGCAGCUUUAUGUUUCUCCUAACAUAACGCACGGGCACAGUGGUACGAUAUGUUCUAGCAUGUUUUAUUGAUACUAGCAAAAAA